UUGUGUAACUUCAUGCUACCAUAGGCUGCUGGCACCUGAACGGAAAGAUAAGCCCUGUGCCCUGGAGGAAGGAAGACAGUGGCUCCUGCACUUGCCUCUGUGCGCAGUGUCAAGCACAGCUCUCGCAGGCUGCACCACUGACCGGCGAAGGGUCUGUGAUGAAAGUCUUGUGGGGGCAUUUCGCCAUGGCACGGUGGGUGUUCUUGGGGGUCCUGGUGGGGUUGUGGAGGCCCGGUUCGACUUGCCCAGACUCUUGUUCUUGCACGAACACCAGAAUCAUCUGCGUUGACCAAGACUAUGGGAUGGCCGGUUUCCCUCGCCUCCAGACUGAGUUGGACAUGGAGAACAUUACUGACAUAUACAUUGCCAAUCAGAGCGGCUUGUCUGCCAUCAAUGACCAGGACCUGGUCUUUUACCGCAACCUCCGGAACCUCACAAUAACGAGCAGCCGACUCAUGAGCGUGUCCACACAGGCAUUCCAGAACAACCAGAAAUUACAAUAUUUGAACUUGCGAGACAACAGCAUAUCCAGCAUGUCGUGGAGGACACUGCAGAACCUCAACGUCUCCAGCCUCAACCUCAUGAUGGCUGGUAACCCACUGCAGUGUUCGUGUGAGAACUUGUGGCUGGGCGAGGACCCCGAAGUGCUCUGUGUGGAAGAGGAGGGCCAGAGACAGAUUCUCAACACACAAACCGUUCCUGACUGUGUCGUUCCCACGGCGACACUGUCCCCGGCGACCGUGACGGUGGAGGAGGGGCAGAACAUCACCCUCACCUGCAACACCACGGGGACACCCGGCCCACAAAUCAUCUGGACCCUCACCUCUGCCACCCACAAGGAGACACUGGAAGGGCAGAAAGUGCUGAAGCUGAUGGAUCAGUCAUCACACUUCUACGGCAGCAUGGCAGGAUUCAAGCUGGAGACUCUGAAAGGGAACAGUGUGCUGAAGCUGAUCAACGUGACGUCGCACCUAUACGGCAGCCAGGUCAGCUGCACCGCCGAGAACAACGCAGGACAGUACGAAGCCUCCGUCAUACUCGACAUCCUGUUUCCCCCGGAGGUGAGUCUGAUGAACGUCACCCUGGACCACCACUGGUGCAUCCCGUUCAGCGUGGCCGGCAACCCCCGGCCCAGGCUCCAGUGGAUCUUCAACGGCCGCACGCUCAACGAGACCCAGUUCAUCACCACGCUCAUCCACGACUACUCGGAGAGCAAGCACCACGGCUGCCUGCGUCUGGACACGCCCACGCACUUCAACAACGGCGAUUACACGCUGCUGGCCACCAACACCUACGGCGUGGACCAGAAGUCUAUCACCGCACACUUCAUGAAGCAUCCCUUCGACCCCUCUGAGACCUCAGAACCAGCAUAUUAUGUGGAAACAGACCCUCCCACAGGUGAUCCACCACUAGCUCCACGCGACGACAGAGUUGUUUAUGCGGUUGUGAGCAUCGCGGCGGUCACGUUUGUACUGAUUGUGCUGAUGCUUGUCUUCCUGAAGUUCGGACGCAACUCAAAGUUUGGAAUCAAAGUCGUUCCCACGGCGACGCUGUCCCCGGCGACCGUGACGGUGGAGGAGGGGCAGAACAUCACCCUCACCUGCAACACCACGGGGACACCCGGCCCACAAAUCAUCUGGACCCUCACCUCUGCCACCCACAAGGAGACACUGGAAGGGCAGAAGGUGCUGAAGCUGAUGGAUCAGUCAUCACACUUCUAUGGCAGCAUGGCAGGAUUCAAGCUGGAGACUCUGAAAGGGAACAGUGUGCUGAAGCUGAUCAACGUGACGUCGCACCUAUACGGCAGCCAGGUCAGCUGCACCGCCGAGAACAACGCAGGACAGUACGAAGCCUCCGUCAUACUCGACAUCCUGUUUCCCCCGGAGGUGAGUCUGAUGAACGUCACCCUGGACCACCACUGGUGCAUCCCGUUCAGCGUGGCCGGCAACCCCCGGCCCAGGCUCCAGUGGAUCUUCAACGGCCGCACGCUCAACGAGACCCAGUUCAUCACCACGCUCAUCCACGACUACUCGGAGAGCAAGCACCACGGCUGCCUGCGUCUGGACACGCCCACGCACUUCAACAACGGCGAUUACACGCUGCUGGCCACCAACACCUACGGCGUGGACCAGAAGUCUAUCACCGCACACUUCAUGAAGCAUCCCUUCGACCCCUCUGAGACCUCAGAACCAGCAUAUUAUGUGGAAACAGACCCUCCCACAGGUGAUCCACCACUAGCUCCACGCGACGACAGAGUUGUUUAUGCGGUUGUUAGCAUCGCGGCGGUCACGUUUGUCCUGAUAGUACUGAUGCUGCUCUUCUUGAAGUUUGGGCGCAACUCGAAGUUUGGUAUCAAAGGCCCGUCGUCGGUGAUCAGCACGGAUGACGAGUGCGCCAGCCCCCUGCGGAGAAGCCCCCACUCCUCCUCCGAUAUGGGCUCCACGCCCCCCUCCAUCACCUUCGACCUCCCCCAGAUCAAGAACCACCCCCCUUUCAUCGAGAACCCCCAGUAUUUCAGACAAGACACCUGUAAGACCGACGCCUUUGUGCAGCACAUAAAGAGGCAGAGCAUCGUGCUGAAGCGGGAGCUGGGUGAGGGGGCGUUUGGGAAAGUCUUCCUGGCCGAGUGCAACCUCAACCACGACCACGACAAGACACUGGUGGCCGUCAAGACCCUAAAGGAGGCCAGCGAGAAUGCGCGUAAGGAUUUCCAGCGUGAGGCGGAGCUGCUGACCAACCUGAAGCACGAGCACAUCGUCACCUUCUACGGCGUUUGUGUGGAGAGCGACCCGCUCAUCAUGGUCUUCGAGUACAUGAAGCACGGAGACCUCAACAAGUUCCUCAGGGCCCACGGUCCGGACGCUGUGCUGGUCGGGGAGACGCAGCAGCAGUGUGAGCAGCCGGCGCAGCAGUUGAGCCAGGCCCAGAUGCUGCACAUCGCGCAGCAGAUCGCGGCCGGCAUGGUCUACCUGGCCUCCCAGCACUUUGUGCACCGCGACCUGGCUACCAGGAACUGCCUGGUGGGGGAGAACCUGCUGGUCAAGAUCGGGGACUUCGGCAUGAGUAGGGACGUCUACAGCACCGAUUACUACCGCGUGGGGGGCCACACCAUGCUGCCUAUCCGCUGGAUGCCCCCGGAGAGCAUCAUGUACAGGAAGUUCACCACGGAGAGUGACGUGUGGAGCCUGGGGGUGGUGCUGUGGGAGACCUUCACCUACGGCAAGCAGCCCUGGUACCAGCUCUCCAACAACGAGGUGAUUGAGUGCAUUACGCAGGGCCGCGUGCUGCAGAGGCCGCGCUGCUGUCCUCAGGAGGUGUUUGAGCUGAUGCUGGGCUGCUGGCAGCGCGAGCCGCACAUGAGACUCAACAUACGCCAGAUACACAGCCAGCUGCUCAGCCUGGCCAAGGCCUCGCCCGUAUACCUCGACGUGCUGGGAUAG